ACAAGCCAUGAGGAAGAGGGAAGAAUGCCGCAGCAGACGAUAUUUUAUGAGACAGGCGAAGAAGACUUGGUUAGUAAAGAUUGAAAUAUGAUGAUUUGAGUUACACACAAUGAGCAUGACAUAAUGGCUCCUGUUGUUACCAGUAAUGUGGAUGGGUCAUGGGGUUAUGUUGUGUGUGUGGCUGCCUUUAUGGUCCAGUUUGUCGUCUUUGGCAUUGCAGUGUCUUUUGGGGUGUACAACAUUGCAUUGCUUGAGCACUUCCAGUCUUCUGUUGCUGCCACAUCCAUGAUUGGUGCUUUAAACAUUGGAUUGCUACUAGGAGGAGGACCUCUAGCCAGUUAUCUGAUGAGAAAGAUGAGUUACAGGAAGGUGUCUUUCCUUGGAUCUUUCCUCAGCAGUGUCGGUCUACUCCUCUGUCCAUUUGCACCAAACAUUAUCUAUCUUGAUGUAUUUUAUGGUGUUGUAACAGGUAUUGGAUUCUGUCUGGUAUAUGUGCCAUCACAUACACUCUCUGGUCUUUAUUUUGACAAGCACAGAAGCCUGGCUACUGGGUUGGUAACCAGUGGAUCAGGCCUGGGAGGAGUUGUCUUCCCUUACAUCAGCCACUUCCUUAUUACUGAAUAUGGAUGGAUGGGGUCAAUGUUUAUCAUUUCUGCCAUCAAUAUGAACAAUUUUGUAUUUGCUGCAUUACUUCUUCCUGUUCCUGUUUCUAGAAAACCUAAAGAUGCUGUACAAAGAGAUGAGUUGGUAGUCAUGUUGACUUGCACAGCUGAUGAAGCACAAGUGUCAAGGCAAAAUAGAAGUACGCAAAAUAAAACUGGUAAUAUAAAUCAUACUUCAGUUGAAAUAGAGCCUACGUCAAACUCCAAUGAAAAUUUUAGGGCAAACUCUCUAGAUGGAUAUUUGAGAAGAAACUCUCUUGAGCCCAAUUUAAAGAUAAACUCACUGGAGCAUAAUUUGAGAAAAAACUCUGAUGAAAAUUUGAGGACUACCUCUGAGCAAAAUUUGAGGACCAACUCUAUGACACACUCGGAACUUCUGAGGACAGACUCACUGGAGAAAAAUUUGAAGACCAAUACAGAACAGUGUGAAAGAGAAACAGACAAGGAAGUGAAAAAUUGUUAUGUUUUAUGUAACUUUGUUUUCUUGAUUUAUUGCAUCAACAAUAUAUUCUGGAACAUGGGUUUAUCAUUGGUUUUUGUGCUUGGUCCUGAAUACUUUACAGAAUUUGGGCUUACUGUAAAGGAGUCUACCAUUUGUCUAAUGUGCUUCAAUGCUACUAUCAUAGUUGGUGGGGUUUUUGGAGGGGGUGUUGGUAAUCUGCGUUGUGUCAGCAGGAUGGCCUUAUACAUAACAGCCAACUUCAGCACAGGUGUGUUCAUAUUGUUGCUUGCAUUACCAUUUACGCACACAUUCCUUGGAGUAUGUUUGGACAUGCUUAGCAUGGGCAUGGUGUUUGGUAUCAUUCUUGGAUUGCUGGUUGUUGUUACAGCAGACAUAUUGGGGGCGCAGGCACUUGGAGAUGGCAUGGGUUAUCUCCUCUUUGCAAACGGAAUUGGUAAUACUGUUGGACCACCUAUUGGAGGCUGGAUAAAGGAUGUGACAGGCUCCUGCACUUUGGCAUUCUACAUGGCAGGGUCCGUCACCUUGGUUGGUGGAGGUAUCAUGAUGAUUGCUCCUGUAUGGGAAUACAGUUUGUCUAAAUUCAACCAUCAAGGGUCCAGGGAUGAAAGCCUGAAGGAUACUGGAACAUCAGGCAUAGAGAUGUAAGACAGUAAUUUCCUCAAACAUAUCAUUGUGUUCAUUUAUUUGUGAUAUUAUCUCAGAUACUGUUGCUCUACGUCCAAUUAACAGCCAUGGUCAUUUAAGCACAUGCCACGAUUGUUUGGUGGAGGAAAACUGGAGUUCUCAAAGAAAAAAGACUGCAUUUAGUACCUGGCAGCUGCCCCACAUAGGCCUCAAACUCACGACCCAUAGGUGGAUAGCUUGUGAUAAAGAUGGUUAGAUGCCUUUACCAUUCAGUCACUGUGGCCCAUAUCACCUCAGAAUCCAGAAGGUCAAAGUUUCUGAAUUUCACGUAAUAAUACACUGUGAUUUGCAGUUGUAAAGUUUAAAGUCACUGAUACUAAAAAUAGAACCAGGAAUACACGUUUAAAACAUAUCAUGCAAGGCCCCAACAGAAUGCAAAUAUUGUGAUAUGUACAAUAUUCAAUACAGGUUUAGAAAGGUCCUAAAGUCUAGGUCAUACUGACUAAAAAUACA